CAGCAGUGGAUGGUGGACACUGGUUUCUUGUUAGAGAAUCAUCAAUGCAGAGCGCUUUGGACAUGAUCCUUCAUUUGUCUGUGUGUAGUAAUUCUCUAAUGAUCAAAGACAUACUGUGAUGCAGAUUUAUGGAUUUAUCUCUCUAGCGCUGCAGCUUAUGAUAAUCAUAAGUAAUGCAGCGAUCACCAAAUCUAAAGGACACUGGUACUGCCCUCCUUCGGCAAGCUGCACAAGCAGCUGCACAAAUUCUAGUUACGUGGACUGUCAUGGAAAAAAUGUCUCUUGCAAGGCCUAUUCCUGCACCCCUCAGAGUCCCGGCUACUCCUGCAUGGUCGGAUCCUACAACUGCAGCAACGACUGCAGCUACGAAGCUUCUCCAGAACUCUGUAGUUGCAAUGCAGAUACUUGCAGCUGCCUGAGCGAUAUGAUGCACACUCAGGACAGCAUGCAAGGGAAAAUUGCAGAAAACAUAGUGAAUUUUGUUGACCAGAUCGCAAAUAUGACAGGUCUGAUGUCUACGGAAGCGGCAGGAAACUAUUUGAAGAUUGUUGAUGACAGCCAGGUAAAGAUUUCAGGUUUGGUCAAAGAAGAAGAUAAAAGUAAACUGGUGUCAUAUGGAAACAGUUAUCUGAACGCCUUUGAGAGCCUGGUGUCUGCACUGGUGACGCCAACAGAAACUCACAACUUGCUGAACAUUAGUCUCAACAAUACAGAAGUGAGAGUUCUUGCAGUUGGACCAAACGCAUCUGAAAAAAUAAUUCCUUCAGUCAGUACGGAAAAGGCUGAUAUGAAGAUUAACAUUUUUGAGAUUGCCAAGAGCAAUCCUUCAGGAUCAGCUAAUGUGGCUUUCAUGAGCUACACGAUGAUGCUGAAUCUGCUGAAGCCAGACUUCUUCAACACACCAAACAACACGAUUAAAACCAUGAUGUCCACUGUGAUCUCAGCUACUCUUCCCAAAACCACCAACACUAAACUCACCAAACCAGUCAACUUCACCUUCAGACACAUCAGAGAGUUUAAUCCCAGCGGUUCUCUGUCCUGUGUGUACUGGAAUAUCAGCGAGUGGAUUGUAGAUGGUUGUUCUGUUUUAAAGACCAAUAGCAGCUACACUGUGUGUUCCUGUGUUCAUCUGUCAACAUUCGCUCUCAUCAUGCAAACCAGCCGCCCACCAGAGCGCGACCCACUGCUGGAGCUGUUGAAUUUGGUGUGUGUGAUCGUGGGGCUGAUGUUCUUCACUUUGGCCCUGUUGACUUUUGCCCUUUGUCAGUGGAGUCCUGGAGUGAAUAAUGUGGCUCGAAUCAACAUCUGCAUCAGUCUUCUGCUGGCUCACCUUCUGUUCCUGCUCACACAGCAGUUCCUGAGCCUCAUACGGCCUCAGAAGGAGUUGUGUGCCGUGAUCUCAGGCCUUCUGCACUUCCUCUUUCUGUCCGGCUUUGUGUGGAUGUUCAUUGAAGCUGUGCUGCUCUUCAUCUGUGUGAAGAACCUAACACAGAUCAGCUCCAAAAAGAGGGAGGUGCUUAGCAGUGGAUUCCUGUGUGUGAUUGGAUAUGUAGUUUCUCUGUUUGUGGUGUGUGUGUCUGUCGGUCUGGUUCCUGACGGCUACGGUAGCGAACAUUGCUGGAUUAAACUUGAUAAAGGUUUUAUCUGGAGUUUUCUGGGCCCUGUUUGUGUCAUAUUAGCAUUAAACACAAUUCUCUUCAUCAAGAUCGUUAUCACUCUGAACUCAACUUUUAAAAAACUGAAUGCUGAGGUUUCACAGAUGAAACAAACCAAGAUUAUGGUGUUUAAAACACUGGCUCAGUUUGUGGUUCUUGGUUGCUCCUGGAUUCUGGGUUUCUUCACUAAUAGCAGUAAGGUCCUGGAGAUCCUCUUCCUGAUCUUGAACUCCCAGCAGGGAACCUUCAUCUUCCUGAUCUACUGUGUCCUCAAUAAUGAGGUCAGGCAGCAGUACAGGAAGUUCUUCAGAUGUCUUUACUCUGGACGCAAAAAACACUGAGAACUACAUCAUCAUGUUCAGGAAGUAAAAAAGUACUGCUAAAGUGCCAUUAUUAUACAGAUGAUGUCAUUCUUACAGUAAAAUCAAUGUUUUAGAUGUUAACUGUAGUUUCAUCUCCUAACUGUAAAGACUUUUGAUAUUACAGUUGUAAAUACAGAAUAUAUACAUAUUUUUUAAACACAAUUGGUGGUGAGAGAAAAGCAUAUUUUUACAGAGAAUCCACAAAAUGUUCUGCUAAAUGCUGGCAAAUUGAAAAACCUUCCUGAAAACUCCCAGUCAACGCGUGAGAUCAUGCGAUGAUCACAGUGACAUCACACCAUUCUCAUACGGUGAUACUUACAUGUGAGCUCAUUUUGAAUUAACAGAGAUUUAGAUGAUAAUGUUUUAUUGUUUUGUUUGACGUUACCAUCGUGGUGAGUAGUGUUUGCUUUAGUUGGGCUCUUGACCCUUGACUUUAUAUUUUUUGGGGGGGCUGCUGUAACUGUGUUUGUAAAGCACAUUUGUUAUGGCAAGUAACACCAAAAAGAGACUGCAACCAGAUGAUAUUGGUUUGUUACUGAUGAUAACAGUGCAACCAUCACCUAGAUUCAGUAUGCAGUCUUCAUGAGGAGUUAUAAACCUCAUUUUUAUAACAGCUCUGUGAUCAUAAUCAUUUAUGAAGAAUUUUAAAAGCAUGAUAAGACACUAACAUUUUGAAAUAUUGUGUCAUUUAAACACAAAGAGAGACAUCAAGAAUCAAUGUAUGAAUCUCAACAAAGGUGACAAUCAAAAGCUUCAUGCUGCAAUGCAUGCUGGGUACCUAGUCUCUGUACAGUGAGUGCACUUUGACCUCACAUUAGUAUGAGCACACAGUGAGGGCGCUGUGAGGUUACACUUUUAGCUCACUGUUACCUCACAUUGUGACCUCAUCACGAGUAUCCUGUGAGAUCAUGGUGAGAUUACUGUGAGAUCAAAUUGUUGACUGGGCUGUUUCAUGUGUGCAUGGUGAAGGAAAAUAACAUGACUUUACACUUUACAGUUUAAGUUUAGUUUUUAAAUGAGCCUUGUGUCAAAUAUAAAAUAAUGUUAAUACAUGUAUUAAUCUUGCACGCUUAUAAUUUUGUUUGCGGUUAGAAUAUAAUUUUUUUAUAUUACUUUAAAUGCCCAUCUGGAAAAAUACAGUAUACUUUCAGAAUGGAGUGUUACAGGUUUUACAGGUGCAGUGUAUUUACCUUUGUAAAUAAACUAUUAAAAUAAAGGAACAGCUGAUGUGUCAAAUUCAAAGUGAAUCUGUAUUGUCAUAUAGCUUUUAUUUUUGUAUUAAAACACAUGAAUGAUGA